AUGGCCUCAGAAGGAGCAUCUCCAGUGCUGGGACCGCAUGUGGCCAUGGACCCGGAGGCCUCCGUGUCUUCUUUGACGGCACAGCCGUUUCCCCCACCUGCUGCUGGCGCCUCGCGCCGGUCACCCCGGGGGCAGCACUCGCCGCCCCACGUGACCCCGCCAUUCACGCCUGGCAGCCCCGUGGUGCUGCCCACUUUCUGCAGGACACCGCUGGUGGCAGGAGAUGCCGUCCGUGGCCCAGGUGGGACCCGGGCCUGUAACGUCAUCGUCCAGGUCAGGUCAGAGUGGGGGCCCGCAGAUGCCCCCCAGACUCAGACCGUCGUCCUCACCCAGGCCCCCGCUCGCUGGAGUCCUCCCGGGGCCCUCUGUGGGGGUGCUGCGUGUCCCACACCCCUGUUCCUGGCAACGUCGGCAGCGGGGAGCCCCGUGUCCGCCCCAGCCGUCGGGGGCACCUGGGCCGGCAAGGGAGGCUCCACCCCGGGCCUUCGACCUCAGGCUCCCCCCCCGGCUGUCCGGCGGGCCCCCGUGGUGCCCCCGGGGACCGCAGGGCCGCAGCCCCCCGCAGCUGCCAGGGAGGGCAGCCUGGCCAGCGGCCCCGCCAAGGCCUCGCCCGCGGACUCCUGUAGCCCCAAGAGUGUGUACGAGAACUUCCGGCGCUGGCAGUGCUUCAAGGUCCUGGCCCGCAGGCACCUCCCGCAGAGCCCCGACGCCGAAGCCCUCUCCUGCUUUCUCAUCCCGGUGCUUCGGUCCCUGGCCCGCCUGAAGCCCACCAUGACGCUGGAGGAGGGAGUGUGGCGGGCCGUGCAGGAGUGGCAGUGCAGAAGCAACUUUGACCGGGUCAUCUACUACGAGAUGGCAGGAAAGUUCAUGGAGUUUGAGGCAGAGGAGGAGAUACAGAUUCAGAAGCUGCAGUGGGUGAAGGUGGCCCAGGGCGCAUCUGCUCCAGCCCCACCCAAGCCUGGAACACAGGGGUCCCCAGCCCUGGAGGGGGGCCGGCCGCCAGCCCGCAUUCCCAGGAAGGCCGGCUCCAGGGCCCAGCCACCCUGCCCGCAGCCACACAGACCCCCGCAGCCCAAGGCACCCAAGGAGAUCCCCCCUGAGGCUGUGAGAGAGUACGUGGACAUCAUGGAGGGGCUGCUGGGGCCUGCCUGCUCAGCCCCGGGGGCGCUAGCGGGUGAAUGGGGACAGGACGGAGAGGAGCCACGGCAGGACGAGGACGCCAUCUACCUGGACCCGGGUCUUCUCAGCUACAUUGACAAGCUGUGUUCCCAGGAAGACUUCAUCACCAAGGUGGAGGCAGUCAUUCACCCGCGAUUCCUGGCAGAACUGCUUUCUUCAGAACCACAGCUGGAUCUUUUGGCCCUCGCUGAGAAAUUGGAGCAGGAGGAAGGACUCUCCCUUGCAGAGCUGGUAGAGAAGAGACUGGUGGCCUUGGCGGUGGAGGACGGUGUGCCCACAACCCCGAGUCACUGUGCAGCGACACUGGGCUCCGGGCCUGAGGGUGAGGCCAGGGCCCGGCCAGGGGUCAGCCGUGAAGCCUGCCCAGCAGAGAGCGAGUGCCAGGACCUCCAGAGGCACAGCCGGGCACACGCGCACCCGUGCAGACCCAGAGCCUUUGCCGCGUCUCCAGGACAACAGCAGCUGCCUGCCCUCCGGGCUGGUGGGCUCUCCUCUCCUCCCCAGGGGCCAGGGCGCACCCCUCCUCGGCCGGACCCCAGGGAUGCCCCGUUGUUCAGAGAGGCCCCCCCUGCUAGGGAGCCUGGCGGGCCAGCAGAUGGGUCCAGUGAGGACGAGGAGGAGCUGCCCAGCCUGGCCUUCCUCCUGGCCUCUGGGCACAGCCUGCUGCCCUGGGGGCUCUCCCAGAGUCCUGCUCCGGCCCCGGGCCUCCCCAGCCCUGGAGGGCGCGGGCCGCGGGGAGCUCCCCAGGCCCCCGCUGCUCAGAGAAUGGGCCGCAGCCCAGCCGCUCCCCCAGCUGCCAAGUCCAGAAAGCGGGCUCUGCGUGCGGGUCUGGCCGCUGCCGGGAAGACGCCCCUCCCAGGGGCCAGCCUCAGGGGCUCGGUGCGGGCCCUGGCCGUGGGGCUGCUUCGGCCCUCUCUGCCUCCAAAGAGAAGGUGUGGCUCCUUUGUCCCAGGGAGGAGGAAGAAGCAGCACUGCAGCCCGUAG